GAAGCGUCGUGCCAAUAAGGGUUUGGCAGCCAGGUGUUGAUAAGCUAGAAGAGGGAGAAGAGCUUCAGUGUGACCCUUCUGCUUAUAAUUCCCUUCAUGGCUUCCAUGUUGGUUGGCCCUGUUUGAGUUUUGACAUUUUUAGGUGAUAAGUUGGGUUUGAGCCGAACUGAGUUUCCUCACACAUUGUAUAUGGUGGCUGGGACUCAGGCUGAGAAAGCACCUUGGAAUUCGAUAGGAUUGUUUAAAAUCAGCAGCUUAUCUGGUAAGAGACGUGAUGUAGUGCCCAAGAAUCUAGUGAAUGGUGAUGACGGUAUGGAGGAUGAGGAUGAUGAAGGUGAGGACAGUGACAGCGAUGAGGAAAGCGAAGAUGGAGCUUCCUCUGCUCCAAAUAUUCAGGUUCGCAGGGUUGCUUGUUUGUACAGGAUUCGGUUGAUUAGAAUGAAGAACUUAGAAAAUGGGGUGACUAAAGACGUUUUAUUAGAAUCGACACAAUGGGUUACAAGACUGAUCAAAGAUAGGAGACAAGAUCAGAGGUUUAAACGACAAGAUCAAAGAGAUGAUUAGGAAACCCUAAAUCUAGCCGCUUAGUAUGUGAUUUGUUCCAAAAGUCCCUCUCUCGUUGCCUCCUCCUCCUCUCUUAUAGUACCCUUGUGCGUGAUGCCCUAAUCGCGCCUAUCCUUUGGGCCUUGUCGCCCAAAGGCCGAGUAUGUGGGCCUCGAUACUAUUUCGUCCGAGCCGAGUAUAGCUGAUCGGCUCAGCUGACCGGCUUAAAGUACUCUAGGGUCGAGCUGACGUUUCUAGCCGCUAAGCCGACUAAGCUCGAUCGACCUUGUCGGGCUAGGGCCUGUUAUAUGAUGGGCCUUGUGGAGGGAUGUAAUCCAUCUCCUACAAUAAGUCCCCCCCCAGUUCACUUGUGAGCGGCUUGUCGGUCUCAGUGAAUUUGUGGGUCGGGUUCGUUCAUAUAAUAGGACCUAAUGUCGACGAUGGCUCGUUUUAUCGGUGUGUGGUUUUAGUCGCGUACCGCAUCUGGUCGCUCCGUGUUGUGUCUUCUCACGAUGCGUUAUGCUUUACUCGGGAGGUAAACUCCUCGAAUGAAGAGCCCAAGCGGUCUUUGGAUGGUUAACUCUGUUGAGUUGGUUCGGGCCAGAACCGGAGAUUAAUUUUUGUCCGGUUUCUUGAUUGAAAACCGGUUUGGGCGAGAAACCGAACCGUCGCGAGUAGGUUUUUGGGCAUUUAGGCGGCCCUUGAAGCCCAUUUAGGCCUUUGUAGACCUAAUGAUGACGCUUCGAAGGGUGCGCCUCGUUUUUGCUAUAAAUAGGCGUCUCUCCUUCGCUUUCGUCAUUCUUCUCUGCAAGCUCAGGUACUCCACUUUCUCUCCCUUCUCUCUACUUUUAUUUUCUCUCUCUAGAUAAGCCUUCCGUAGCAUAGGGUUUUUUGCUAGUGGUCUAGCUAGUUUAGUCGUUCCCCGAGUAGAAAGGAUAUGGCUCCAGGGAAUCGGCUAUCGCGCGAAGAAAAAGGGAAAGACAUAGCUACCUCGCCAAGCCCGGCUAGGGAUGCAGACGGGGGUCCGUUGGAGGAUUUCGACAUAAUCCAUCGUGAUGCUCUGCGGGAUACGGAGAAUAUGAGCCUUUCCCAGCGUCUUCUGGUCGCUGACGCCCAUAGACAAUUUCGCGAAGAAGCCGAAGAAAACGUUGUGAACGAGGAUAGGGAGGCGAGUGGUUCUGAAGCGCCUAGCCUUGUCGUAAGGCCUAGGAGACGGGCUCGUCGAAGGGGUGGCAUCGGCCAGUCAGACCGUCUUCCCGCCCCGAGAAGUGUUCCGUUCGACGAAGUAGACUGCCGUCCUGUGAUUUAUCACCCUGGCGGGAUUUUCGAAGAACUACCUUCGCUGCCUCCCGAAGCGUUACGCGACCCGCGAGUUCAAUCGUGGAGAAACGUUCUCAGUUCCUGCUCUUCCCACGAGACCGUGAAGAGAUUGCUGAGGGAGUGUGGUGGUGCCGGAGUCACCUUCAUUAUUCCUUCGGCUGAACAACGGCCGUGGUCGCCACCGGUUGGUUACCAGUGCGUGUAUGAAUCCUACUUCAAGGAUCAGACGAAGCUCUGGUUCCCAAUCCCCAGACUAAUCACGUCUUACGCGUUUCGUCGGGAUAUCGCCAUCUCCCAGCUGCUGAACGGGUCGCUGCGCAUAGCCGUCAUGUUGAUGGUUAUGGCCGCGGAGAUGGAUGUUUCGAUGAGCGUGAGAGUAUUUGAGGAGCUAACUUUUACGAAGGCGGAGCCUAACGGGAUCUUCUCGGUAAAGAUGAGAGCGAGUUACAACGUUUUGACCGGUCAUCCCAACAAGACGCAGGAUUGGCAACGUGCAUAUUUCUUCAUUAAGUCCGACGAGCAUGCCUUCGAGGAGCCGCCGGGGGACGAUUAUCGCGUUUUAUGGAAUAAGCAACUUGGUAGAAAUUUGUCUGUUUACUCGUAUUCUGAUCGAUGGUUCUGACGUUCCCUUUUUCUUUUGCAGUUCGUCAUCCCAAUACGAUCGCCUAUCCCGAGAAGUUCUUUGAAACCGCUCAACUGAUCGCGACGCACAGUCAUCUCAGGUGGCCGGAUCUUAGUCGGGAGUGGAUACGUCGACAACAAGCUAGGAUCGCCAGAGGUAAAGUGGCUGUUUACAUUAGAGAGAUGCUCUUGAAUCUUUCUGUAGUCUUCGUAUCUGAUUUCUCUUUCUUGUAUAGUUGAUUGGGAAUCGAGACUUCCUUGUGUACUCGGUCCCCGCAAAUCACGUCUUUCCCUAUUUACUCGGAAGCAACAGAAACUUCUCAACCGAGCUAGAAAAAUGGAGGGAGUUCCCGACUUGAGUGCUUUGUUAAAAGGGAAGCUUCAAAUGCUCUCGACGACACCGUCUUCUGCCGGCGCCUCGGAGGCCAGGCCUGUUCCCGUAGACGGAGAUGCGAACUCCGAGCCGCCAGCUCAGAGUUCCCCAAAGAAGAAGACCAACAAGGCCAACAAGGCCAAAGCCAGGGACAGGAGUGUCCCUUUGGAAGUGGCGCCAUCUUCUGCCAAUGUCACUGAAGUCGCGGCUAAGAAGAAGAAGAAAAAAGGGAGCAAGAAAAGGUCUCGCGAGGAGGCUUCUGUUGAGGAUAGGGAAACCUCAGCUGCCGUAAGGGAUGAUGAUGCGGAAAGAGACGAUCCAGCCGAUUCUACUCGGGGAUCGCCUGAGGAGCGUCCCAAGAAGAAGUCGAAGAAGAAAGCAGCGGAAGACGAUGGGACUUCAGCUCCCGAGAUUCCUUCCAGAAGUGGAGAAACGGCUACCGAAGUCGGAGAUGGAUCUCGGGGUGAAUCUCCGUCGAGUAAGGGAGCCCGUUCGUCUUCUGCGAGGGAGACCGGUGCGGGAAGCGGAGGUUCGCUUCCGCGGAAGACGGGGGGAGGAGUUCGCUUUCCGGACCGCGUAGAGUUCCUUUACGACGAGGCGACUCCGUUGGUCCUGAAUCCACUUCGGUGUGCUGAACUGACUCGCCAGAUCCGUGGUGGGACCAAAGAGUUGCCGCCGGUCGAGGACUUAUACUUCAAAAAGGAGUAUAUUGACGCGGCUAUGGCGGGCAGACGGGUAAACUCGCUUUUCUCCUAUUUCCCUUUUUCUUCCUUAAAAUUUUUCUAAGUUUUUAAUGCUUCACGCAGAGCGACGGGAGCAUGAAUUACCUCGUGGAGAAGUACGACAGCACCCUGAAGCAGACGAUGGUCCAGCUGGGCGCCUCGGAUAAACUCGCACGGACAAGAUUGAGCGUAAUCGAGAGGUUACGCGCUGAGAACAAAAAAGCCGGCGACAAAGCGGCCAAAGAGAAAGAGGUCCUCCGAGUUAAGUUUGAGGAGUUGGAGGACAAGCUGAAGUCUGACCGUCUUGCGAAGAAGGACGCUCUCCGCGAGAAAGCCCGCUUAGAGCGAUUGGUCGCUUCCCUCGAGAAGGAGAAGGCUGAACUCGAGGAAGAGAGGGACGCUGUCGUCGGGACGCUGAUCAAAGAGAGGCAACGUCUGAGGGAUUCUAGGGUUCAGGAGGUCACCCGCGAGAGGAUCAAGGUCCAGACGGCUAUGGUGGACAAGUCUACUCGCUGUAUAGGUAAGGUGAAGGGCUAUCUGGAUCGUCUCAUGGCGCGAGAGAAGGCCAAGAACCUGUACGGGCAGGCUUCAGGAACCAAAAAGUGCCUCGAGAUGAUUAAAGAUAGCGGGGUGGCGAUUCCGCCGAGUAUGAUCAACAUCUUCUCGGAGCAGGAGAAGAUGUAUGAAGCUAAAGUCGCCAAUCUUUACCUCGAGCCGUUCUCUGAGGAUGACUUUGCUCUCUCUCCUCUCAACCUUCCUUCUCGAUUUGUGAAUGAAGAGCUUAUGGGAGUACUUGACCCGUAUGGAUCGAAUGUUGGUCUGAUUGGCCACGAGUCAGCCUCCCAGUUGAUCACUUCCCGCGAGGCGACUGAAGAUCCGAUCGAUGAGCCGAUGGUUGACAUUACUUCUGCUUUAUCGGAGCGUACCGUCGUUCCCGAAGGAACUGCCAUCGAGGAGUGCCUUGACGGGAACGACCCCGAGGAGACCGGGGACGCGAUUCAAACAGACACGGGGGAUGUAGCCGCUGAAGAUCCGGUCUUAGUUUCUUCAUCUGAGGAGCGAGAAGGGGACGAAGUGGGCGAGGAGGAGACCAGGUCAUCGCCGGCGCUUGUUGAAGAGAUGGACCCGAUCCUGCCAGUUUCCGACCCUCCUGCUCCGGUUGAAGGCCUUGGUGAUCAAGUCGUUGAACGGGAAACGACCGAAGCGCUCGACCCGAGUAGAGACGACCAGGAUGUUGUGGUCUGA